UAGCAUAGCAUAGCGAGUUAGGUAGGUAGGUGGGUAGGUAGGUGUAGCAUAGCGAGUUAGGUAGGUGGGUAGGUAGGUGUAGCUUUAGAAUGGUGUACAACUGUGUUUGUGCUGGGUGUAAUAAUUCUAGCAGAACAGGACACAGGGUCCAUGCCUUUCCGAAGGACAAGGCAACCCUCAGACAGUGGGUACAGUUUGUCCGCGUUAGACGGGCAGAUUUUUCUAUUCCCUCGGUCACUAAGAACUCCAAGGUCUGCAGCGCUCAUUUCACGGAGGAAGAUUACGACCAAGGGGAUAUCAGGAUGGUAUCUCUCGGGUUAAAGACGCUGGCACAUCUUAUUCCGAACGCCGUGCCUUCUGUGCACACGCACCUCUCUGCCUGCCCUGCCCCGAGACCGAGAGGCACCAAGAUCAGUGCCGCCAGCCGCAAGCGAGAGCUGGCUAUGAUGUUGACAGAUGCCUCACCGUGUGAGACCACGGACGGUGUCAAUGCUGCUACGGUAGAGGACCCCUUGCCCUACUCCACUUGUGACACUGGGACACAAUGUAUUUUGAAGCCCCUUGGAAGGUCUCACGCUGUGCAAGUGAACCUGAAGCCCAAGAUGGUCAGCAUGGGGACACAAACUUUCACCCCCCUCACUAGUCCUGACCCAACGGAUGGAGAAGAUGAUCUCUCUGUCAUCAGUGAUGCAUCAUGGGUACCAGGAGACCAGAUGUCUGAGGAGGAUGAGGAGGUGUUGUGUGAGGAGCCAUCUCAAACUUGCAACCCCCACCAAAAUGGCAUUGACAAAUUCAUUGUUUGCCAAGAGGAGCUCAUGGCCCUGUUUGCCAUCUGUCCGGCCUGUUGUGAGAAGUCAGAUAGUAGAAUCGUGCAGCAGGAAGGAACAUUUGUUAAAAUAGAGCAGGUCUGUGCAUGUGGCUACCAGCGUUUCUGGCAAAACCAGCCGAUCCUAAACAGGAAUAUGCCAACCUGUAACCUCCUUUUAAGCGGGGCCAUCCAUUUCUCUGGAUGUUUGGCCACCCAGACAUUACGGAUGAUGACCCUGUUUGGCCUUCAGUGCAUCAGCGCAAGCACUUUCUUUCGCCAUCAGCGCCGUUACACCAUCCCCGUCAUCAUUCAGGCCUGGCAGAACGAGCAGGCCAAGAAUUUUAGUGACCUCAAGGCAAUGGAUGGAGGCCUAGUUGUUGCUGGUGACUGCAGGUCAGAUUCUCCAGGGCACUGUGCAAAGUACGGCUCCUACACAUUGAUAGAGGACAGAGUAAACAAGGUGGUUGAUGUUCAGCUUGUUCAGAGCUCAGAGGUCCCCAACAGCUCUUGGUGUGAGAUGGAGGGGCUCAAGCGCAGCAUCGGCUUGCUGAGGCGGAACGACCUGCAUUUGUCAACCCUCAUCACAGACAGACAUCGCCAGGUUGCCAAAUGGGUGAGAGAAGAGCUGUGCCCUGAAGGGACACAGCAUUAUUUUGAUGUCUGGCACAUUGGGAAAAGUAUGUAUCCAUUAUUGGAACGUUUAAGCAGUUUUUGUUAUUGCAUUUCGAUUAAUACCAUUUGUUCUAAACCAGGUCUGGGGAAGGCCUUGGAUACAGCCUCAAAAGACAGACAGUGUGAACAACUACAGCUGUGGAGGCCAGCCAUAGUAAACCACCUGUACUGGACUGCAGCCUCAACCCCUGAUGGCAAUCCAGCUGUGAUGGAGGCCAAAUGGAGAAGCUUGGUGAAUCACAUUCAGGACAUCCACGACCAUGACACCCCUGCCUUCUCCAGUUGCGCUCAUGCCCCUCUGGAGGGGGAUCAACGAGAUAAAGAGUGGCUGGAACCAGGCUCAAUGGCAGCAGUAAAACUGGAGGGUAUCAUCACAAGGACAUCCUUACUGAAGGAUGUUCGACAGCUGUCUCCGCAGCACCAGACUUACUCCCUUGAAGCCUUCCACUCCCUGAUCCUGCACUUCGCACCCAAGCACACUGGGUUUUCAUACCAGGGCAUGUAUAGCAGGCUUCUCUUAGCGGCGCUGCAUUACAACCAUAAUGCGAACAGAGAGACCGCACGAAGAAGCGAUGGUUUGGAGAGGUAUAGCGUGCGAUAUCCACGUUUCAGAAAAGGUGCCUGGGUAGUUGUGCCCAUCAAAGAGAAGGCCUCAUACGGUAGGCAGUGUCAUGCAGUUCUAUCAUAUUUUGACAUUUGCGCACAAGACAUCUGUGACAUCGAUCUUUAUACAGUAUUUGAUCAUUAUUAUGUCUGCAGGUUAUGCAGCGUCAUUAAUCGAGGCUCUUCGGGAGAGCUACAUGGAUUCACCCAAGGCUCUUCAAGAGGCCAAUCAUUUAGUUGUGAGUAUGUAUAUAGUAAGUAUAUGUUAUUUUAUUUGGUGGUGGUUUUCUGUAUGCCGCAUGUUUUGUUUUCUCUUUGUGUGCUGUUUAUUGCUUGGGUUUUUUGAUUGUUCCAGGAAGUUUAUUAUAACCUUACAUUUUAACCCCUUGCGCUGACCCUAACAUCUGUCGACUAACAUUAUCUCUUGGUUAUUUUUGGCUGUAACCCAUUCAUUCCUUUAUCAGCAUCACCAUGGUUACCGCCUCACUGCAUGUCGCAUGUUUUGUUUUUAUUGCUUGGGUUUUUUACUUAGUUGUGUGCACAAAUCAUUCCAUUACAGCUCCAUUUGCCCCAUAAUUCAUAAAAAAAAUGGCAAGAAUCCGAAAGGGACCUCUGUGUGCGCUUUUCUCUUGGAUCACUAUGCGUCUGCUCUGUGAUAUCAUUGCAUGUAUGUGUCCGUGAGUGAGUGAGAGAAUGUGCUGUGUGAGUGCUGACCCUCAGGUAAGACCACACUAUUGCAAGAUUAUUUUAUGUUGGUUUCUUUGUGCCUAACCCUUUUUUUCUUGAUUUGUUUACUUUAUCAGGCCUUUCAACCUGUCCCUUUUUUCAGUAAUCGAUCCCCAUUACUUGGGAUGACCUAAUAAACUGUUUUUAUAUGAAUUCACAUGUUCUGUGUAUUUUAUAACAUUUUAAAGGCGGUUGAGCGAUCGCAACACAACUAGCAUGAGUUAAUUCUUGAACUGAAAAAUAAUUGUAUUCAUGUUGUACGUGCCAAUAUGGUUUUUAUUCUUCAUCCAAACGAGGCCAUUGAAAGCCAUGAUAGGUCUGGUCACCACUCUGAAAUUGUUGCCUGAUGGCUGAAACCAGACAGGAGGGUAGAGGCUUCCUUAUAUGCAGGCCAAGAACUCCAUAAGCCCAUCGUAUAGCCUGCCUGUAUGCAGUGUACCGGUAUUGCCUAGGGAAAUAGGUUGGAAAAUAAAAAAAUUGCACGCAUGUUUAUUGUCUAUGCAACACAUCUCUAGUCGCCUAUAACUGUUUAAGUUGGUUCAUAGGACUCUAAAAAUAAUGCUAAAGUAACAAACAAUUAACAUACUCGUGCGUGCUGGCUUGAAGGGGACCAUGAUCCUGCUUGAAAUGUGUGUACGCUAUCUUAAGCACAAACGGAUUCAGGCAGCAUGCAUCAAAUCCUGGAUGCUGAGUGAGGCAUGUCACAUCUGCUGGUCUUGGGCUGAGCUUCUCGACCAGCGACCAAAACGCACUCACUUCCCGACAGCACAAGCUCUCCACCACCGAUUCCAUAGGACGGCACCGCCCACACAAACACCUGCCAAACACAGCGACACAGACACGCUUACUACUCUCCCUCUCUCUGUAAGCGGUACCCUGAUGGUGUCAAUGACAAUCAAUCACGAGGAGUAGAAUCGAAAAUAAUCACCGCUGAAUUCAUGACCAGCCUACGUGAUC